AUGGCACAAACCCUCGACGUUGCGGCGGCAGAGGGCACCAUCUGCAAACUCACCAAAACCUGUCAGGACCUUUUCGAGGAAUGCAUGCAGACGGACCGACUGAGCACCUCCGGGUGGCUGGAGAAACGACAGGGCAUGUUCAACCUCUGGUCGUUUGCGCUCAAGGCCUCCGAGGCGGGGAAGCAGUCUCUUGACUACCGUGUGAUGUCGAGGCCCGAUGUCGCAGAGGCCAUCAAGGAUCACAUCGAGGGGCUGAUCGAAGCUCUCGAGCAAUGUAAAGAGAUUGCGAGUAUGGCGGAGGUGGACCAGCUCCGGAGAAUAUCAACUGCAAUUCGGAAAUCUGGAGCUAAAUACCGAUACGAAAGGGCCGAUCAAGAGUUCAAUGAGGAAGUUUACCAAGAGCUACGCAACUCUAUGGUUAUCGCUAUUCGGACACAGCAGUUGUGGCUCCCAAAAUUCGCGAAGACGGAGGCAGAGAGAUAUUCUUCAGCAGCAAAAUGCGGCUCAAUGUCAGAAUGGGAGACAAGGAGUAACUUUGAGCUAGGGGACAAAGUCGAAUCUCAGCCCCAGCCGCAAAUCCAUUUGAAGCCUGGGGCAGGUGUCGAGGCGCCGCGAGGAAGGCAGCUCCAAGAUACCUGGAGCCUCACACCAAUCCAGGAGCGUCUCGUUCGGGCCAACAUACUUCGCCACCACCGGAUCAUCUUCUUUGCCGAACCCGCAAGGAAGAAGGCCACGUUGCUUGCCAGCAGGGAUCGGUGCGAAGAGCAGGAGCCCGAGAGGAAGAAAGCCAAAUUGGGCGAGGACAGCGGCUACAACCAGGCCAGCGCCUCUGUGGCUAGGCUAGGUGGCGAGAGUGCGUCGACGCCCUCAGAAUCCCGAAAGCCAAUCUCAGAAGAGGAAAGACCACCUAGAGGCCAAGCAGGCCUAUCUCAAGUCCCAGCAACUAUGACGAAUGCAUCAGACCUCGAUAUUAAGGGAGUGACCAGGCCUAAAUGGUCGCCCUCACAUGUGACGCUCGGAACCGCAAUACAGGAGACACAGAGCCAUGUGGCCAACGACCUCAUACCGUACACGUGCGUGUUCGAGGACUGCGACACGCCGGACGAUAUGUACGCGUCCACGUUUGAGCUUACGCGACAUACGAUCAAGGCGCACGGCGCCCCCUACUGGAUAUGCGGGCGCUGUCCGGCCGGGUCGACCGAUAGGAUCAUGGGUAGCCCAUCGAAGUGGGUCGCUCACAUGAGGAGAGAGCACCCCGGCGGCUUCCGAGAAGCCGAGCUGCCUCUGCUCCGCGACGCCAGCCGCCAAACCUUAAUCCCCCCUGUUGAUUGCCCACUGUGCCGCGUCUCCCAGGACUUGCCGUCUGAGACCCUGGACGAGCAUAUAGCCAAGCAUUUGCAUGCCUUCGCCCUCUUCUCCCUUCCCUGGGGCAGCAAGGAGGCGGCCGAGUCCGACUUGGAUAUAGAUGCUGAUAUAUGGCCCACCCUCGCGACGGAUAGGAGCCUAGGGAAGCACAAAGUCCUCGACAAGGCAGCAAUUCAUAUGUGGCUAAAUGAGACAGAGAUUCAAAGUCCUGUUCGCUACUUGUAUUUAUUGCAUGCAAAAGAGAUGGCACGGCCGUCGAUACCUGUGCCUGAGGAUUCCUACGACAUCGAGGCCGGCAACGCUUAUAACCCUAGAGAGGGCGACUUUAACUCCAUAGAGGAGGGUAUGCAUUGGAACAUCGAGGACGCACACGUUUCUAAACAAAGAACGCAUUCUGAUCAUACCGAAGUGGGGCUUAUGAAUGAGAAGGGCGCAGGCCAGGACUGCUCUCCAGAACACAAGACUUCCAGGGCGUCCAGGGUUUAUGUUGAGCGGUGCGGUAACGAUGCCCUCAAGCUGGCUUCAAAGGUUGUCAGCCUCGAAAGUCGGCCUCAUCGAGCGAGCAGAUUCGGGCGUGACGAGCCAUUGCGUGACACUGCGUCUCCCCGGCCCGGCAGCAAAUUAAAUAAAUUGGUGAAGAGCUUUCACCGGUGCUUCUCGAUGGACUACAACUACAUGCCGAUGGCUCCUCCCUUUUUUUGUGGUAUCAGAGGGGAGCCUUUCUGGAUCGCGGCAAUAAGUAGAUAG